AGAUUUAUUAUAAGUAUAGAUAAGAGUAGGUAAGCAAAUAAAUCCACUAUUUUCAUUUGUCUACAUUAUUGUAGGACAAGGUUAGCAAUAAUGAGAUUUACCUAUACGAAUUCCGCAAAUUUUAGGCAAAAUCAUAUGUCCAUGCUCUGUGUGAUUUGCAUGUUUAGGUCAUCGCAGCGCUACGUAUCAAUCAUACUUAUCUUAACUACCAAGUAUACUCAUCAAACUAAAUACAUAGGACCUACAAAUGGAUUUUUUAAUAGGGAACAUAGUACGAAAACACCACCCACACUUUUGAAUGUAGCGUAAAGAAAUAAUUUUGAAUAAAGAAAAUGUUAUUAGUAAAUGUCAUUUUUUUAAAGAUAUUUAGAUUUUAUAAACUACAUACUUACUUCUAGAGCAGGCGUUCUGAACUCGCCGACCCGCCUAAUUAGAUUUCUUCCGAUGGUAAUUUACAUAAAGAAUUGAUAAAAAGAUCGAGAAGACUAAAUCAUAUUCAAGAAAUAAUUCUACGAAGAAAUGGAGAUUAGUUGUUCUUAUAUUAUUUUAUCUCAGUGCAAAAUUUUCAAUUCUCAGAUACAACUUAUAUAUCUGUAAGGUACAGUAUUACUUACACAACUAAAAUAAAGCUGUAAUUUAGUGUUAUAUUAUUAAUGUAUUACUUACUCAAUAAAUGAAAAUAUUGGCAAAAAUGGUACGUAUAAAAACCCUUUCAUGCAUUGGUUACGUUUAACAAAUUAAUGUACCUAAAAAGAAGUCUACUUUUAUUGGCUGUAUCAAAUUAAAUAAAAAAUCUGUGAAUGAAACGUAUAUCUAUAUUUUGAAGAAAUCGAUUACCAAGGAAAAUUACCAAUCGUUUUAAUUCGAAGAAUGACGUUUAAAUCUCACGUAGCAUUUUUAUGACAGCGAAAAGAAUAAAUAAAUGAUAAGUAUGACAAGAAGAAAAAUAUGAGAACAUGAGAUGUCGUCGGCGCGAUAAAUAGUUUUCGAGAGUUUUUCAAAAUCAGUCUAUUCUUUUACAUUCUGAUCUGUUGUGAGAAAUUGUAUUUAUUUGUACAUUAUAUUAUACAUAUUUUUAAAUGAUCCUAGUUGCGGUAUUAGUGAUUGUUCUGCUGGCUUUUCGAGUAUGGCAUGUGAUGGAAUCGCAAGAGGAGCAGGACACUAAGGUCCUAGCUAACGGCAGUGACUCUGGUUUCGCACAACUCUGGCACCAUUUCGUCGAACAGUACGGAAUACCUUUAGGUCACGUUUGCGUCAGUUUCGUCUAUUCCGUGUACACGCGAUUCACACUGAUCAAUGUGACAAUAUUUAUUUUGAAAUACGUACCAACGGGACUGUAUAUGUACAAGUUUCUGAGGAACAUUUACACAACAUCAAGGGAAAGGAUAAAACAGAAGCAAAUGGAAAUCGAGGACAUCCAACUUCAGAUUCAAAUUGUGAACAACAAGCUAUGCGUUCGAGACGCAGAGUUCACAGAGCGGGCGGAGCAGCUGCGUCGCGAGGCAGACCGUUUGCGCCAAGUGCGUGCGCGUGUACGUAAGAUCAUUGCGACGGACGAGGCGCUACGCCGCGCGCUCGAUGACUCGGCAGCACUGGACAGCGACGAUGUCGACGUACAUACUACGCCUGAAGAAGAUCGGAAGUUUAUAGUUGAGAUGCUGAAGGGUUUGAAAAAUGUCACGAUACCAGAGCGGCACGAAAAGAUGGAAUGCGGAGAGUAUGCUCAGAUCAGUCAUAACAGCCCCGAGAACAGCGUGUACUCAUCACUGAGUGAUUUGGACAUUAAGCAGGAUUGUCGCGUCAAGAUUGUGAAGGUCACAAACGUGUACAAAGUGGCGUAUUUGAAACAUUUCAUUAAACAAAAGCGACUGCGGCGCGCCCAGAAGCACGCAUUAUUGAAGAAAAGAAUGGAGUGCAUAAAAAACCUGCUAGAAGAUUGGCAGAAAUCACUGAGUACGGUUAUAAGCAACAACAUGACCAUUCUGAACAUGGAAUCGAGAAUCGACGCCGCAUCACAAGAAGCGAUGGGCGACUACUCCAAGCCUACGCUGCGAGAGUAUUCGGAUUCUGACAGCGAUCUGCGCAAUGGCUAUGAUGAUGCGACGCACGAUGAAUACAACCACAGUUGGGCGCAGAACACCUUCCAAAAUUGCAGUUUCAAUUAUGAGGAUAUUCAAGAGCCUGGGCUGCAUCGCGAAUUUUGUGAGCCUCAGGACUUUUCCGACGUGAAAUAUCCCUACCACGUCAUACAGCCAUGCGAAUGCCACGGCCCCAGAGGUGACCGCAAGCUCUGCGUCCUCCCAGAAGAAACCAUCAGCCAAAUGGCGAUAGAGAAAAUCAAAAACGAAGAAGAUUGCCAGACGUAUGCCGAUGCCGUAGUGUGAUUAUAUAUAUUGUUAUUUCAGAUAUUGCUUAUUAGCAUA